AUGGAGUUCUACCCCACCCCCGGCGUCGCGUCCUCCUCCUCGUUCGCCGGCGCGACGCUCGUGAUCGCGGUCGCGUCGCACGGCAACGUCGGGCAGCUCGCGUGCGAUCUCCUCGUGCAGCGCCUCCGCGCGCGACGCGUCGGGAGUUUGGAUCAUCCGUCGCUGCUGCCGUGCGUCGGCGGCGACGCGUUCGGUCGCGCGCGCGGGGACGGCGGCGCGCUCGCGAUGAGCGCGGAGGUGUACGAGGUCGGCGGGGGCGGAACAAGCGGGCCUCGGAGGACGAUCCUCGUCCAGCAGCGCGCGGAAGUUCGUGCGGGAUCGCAGCGCGCGUUCGCGUCCGCGGUCGCGGCGUGGGCGUCGGCGUCGGCGUUCCACGAGACGGUCGUCCUCGCGUCCGCGCCGUCCACCGCGGCGGGGCACGGGAAGGGCGCGACCGCGCAGAUCGGCGCGACGGUCGUCAGGCACGUCCUCGCGUCCGCGGUCGCCGCCGCGGUGGACGGCGCGAAGGAGGAGGAAGAGGGCGACGAGGGCCGCCGCGAGGGGAGAUUCGAGGAUGCGAGAUUCCAAGCCGCCGGCGCCGUCGCGUUGGAACGCUCGACGCUGACGAGAGACCGCCGCGCGGCGUCGUCGCUGCCGCCGUGGAGCCUCCUCCGCGCGUUUCACGACGACGCGGCGGGGAAGGGGAACGGGAAGACGUCGUGCGUCGCGGUGCUGGCGCUGUGCUCGGAGGGGGACAACACCGCGGACGCCGUCGCCGUCGCGGCGGCGGCGGCGACGGCGCUCGGGCUCUCGCGCGGCGACGACGCGGCGGAGGAGGGAGGUAAGGGGGAGGGGGAGGGGUGGACCGCGCCGGCGUCGUGGGCGGCGGCGUACGGCCAGCGCCCGACCGCGCGCGCGAUGUUCACGUGA